CCGAGUUCACUUUCUGAAUAUUCAGCUCACAGAAUGAAGUCCACGGUAUGUUUUCUAACACCCUCCCUGUCUGUGUACAUUUCAUCAUCUCCGGAUGUGCUGGGAGGUCGCUGCCAGAGAGAGAACUCUUGGAAAUAAGAAGUGAAUGCUUAGAGUUUGUCACCCCAGACACUUAAUAUAAUGUCUUGGUGUAAAAUGAAUGUUUCUGGUUUCCUUGUUUCGCUGUUUUCACCCCAGAGUGAGUUUACAGAAAACCAACGCACUGCGCUGAAGAUGAUGAUGAUGACGAAAGUGAUGAUAAGGAGGAUGACGUAUGUGUGUGUGUGUGUGUAGGGAAUGUGACCCUAGUUGUUUCUUCAAGUGAACCCCCAUCCCUGUUAAUGGAAAUACCAGGCUAUAUUUGGAGUAGCUGAUGUCACAAGUGGUUGUCGGGGAAGCCUAUAACAGUGUGCGACUGUGUGUGUGUAUGUGUGUGUGACAGCCUGACUAAAGACGGCCACUGCACUAGGAUCUCUCUGGAAACAAAGGCUACUGGGCUCAAAUACUGAGGGUGAGUGUCUGAACCAGGUUCUUUUUGGCAUUAUCUUUCUCUUUGAUUGUCUCACUGGAUGGAGGUUGAUGGUAACGAGGUUCAGAAAUGUGUGGUGCAGCAAAUGAGUUUUAAGGAAGUCUCUACUUUGCUCUUGGUGAUGCAUUUUGGUGUUGAUAUUUGUCAUUGCAGGAGCUUUUAAAAAAAUAUGAGUUUUUUUAUUGCAUGUUGGAAGAGGAGAUACCUUUAUAUUUCUGCCUUUCUGCAAUGAUUUCUGUGUGCUUUUUGUGUUGGGGAACGCUUAGAGAUGGUACCCUGGAUAUUCCAGGAACGCAGCCGUCUCUCUAACUAUGCUUAAUCAGUGUGAGAGUUUAUAAAAUGUAAUGUUUCGUUUUCUUUAAGGAAACCCUCGUGCAAUAUGUAUCACCUGAGACUUCCCAUGCUUCUAAUCAUCCCGCUUGUCCUGCUGCCGUGCGUGAUCACCGCCCCUAGCAACAGGUACUUCAGCCCCAUAUCAAGCGGGCAGGAAAGCGCACCCCCGGAGAGAGAAGACUGGCUACUGCCAGAAUGGGUCUCCAACCCAUUCCUCAGCCUCGUGGGUGCACGUCCCCAGAGAGGGCUCCCAGCAGUCAACAGCCACCACAUAGAGAAGCGGAAAUGCAACACCGCCACCUGUGUGACCCAGCGACUGGCAGACUUCCUGGUUCGCUCUAGCAACACCAUUGGUACCGUUUACGCCCCCACUAACGUGGGCUCCAGCACCUACGGAAAAAGAGAGCUGCUGCAGCCACCCAGCUACUUUCCUCUUUAGGACUGGAGACAACUGUAGUUACUGUAGAAUAGCAGCCGCUAGAUUCACUUCAUGUAAAGACAACAUGUAUACUAUUGAAAAAUAAUUCAAAUCUGGGAUUAAACUUUUCUUUUUUUUUUACAAUAAAACAACAGUGCCUUUGGUGAAAAAAAUAUUAAAAUUAAAUACGAAUGUUGGUAGGUUAUUGGUACACAGAUCAGACUGGGGAAGAUGUUUAAGGCAGUCGUGCAACACAACCCAAAUAUGGCAUGUGAAUCAAAUGUACUGUAAAAAAAACAACCAAAAAAGUAAAAUGAUGUAAAGGCAUAUGAAAUUCAAAUUGUGUCCUUC